AUGCAAACAACAGCAGUAUGCUGGAGAGUUAGAGUCGACUCGUUGCAUGGUCAGCCGCACACGAGCUGCGCAGCAAGCAAGUAAUAGAAUAACAUAUUCACAUACGCUAGAGAAUUAGAGCCUUUCCACAACUUUUGCUGAGUCUGCCCGCGCGCACGCACGGCCAGCCAUUUCGCGACCCUGGCGGGCCGCGUGCACCGCCUCUCCAGCAUACAUGUCAGGGCGUGGCGUCGUCGGCAGCAGGCAGGAGCGGUGUCAAGCCAACAUGCGAGCGUCCACUCGGUCGGCCGGGCUGCUUGGCCGCCAGGCGUGCGGCCCCAACCCGGCACGCCCCCGGCCCCACGGCGGUUGUCGGCUUCCUUUGGUGGGGCGCCUAUUGCUGCUGGGGCUGGCGCUGCUGGCGUUGGGGGGGCCGGGCGUGGCGCACGGCCGCGGCCUCCAAUCUGUCGGCCAAUCAGCAUCCGCAGGACAAGCCCUGCUUCCCGCCCGUGGCGGCGGGGGAGGAGGCGGAGGCAUGGCGGCACAGCCGCAGCAGCACGCGCUGCUUGUCAGUGUCAGCCAGCGCCGCCACGACACGCCGCCGCAGACCACCGGCGGCAUUAGCGCCGGUGGCGUUGGUGGUGAUGCUCUAAACCCCGAGGCCCGACGGCGACCCCGAAUCAUAGCCGGCCCUGUACUUUGCGGCGGCGGCGGCGGUGCGGCUGCCUCCGGCACAGCCGCCGCCAUCACCGCCGCCACACUCGCAGCAGCAGGUGGGCAUGACGCCUACGGCUACGGCUACGGGUGCCCGGCGGACGGCCCGGCGGCUGCCGGCUGUCGCAGCGACGCCCCGCUGCUGCUGCAGGCGCAGGGGCAGGGGCAGGGGCAGGGGCAGGGGCAGGGGCAGGGGCAGGGGCAGCAGGCGCAGCUCUCCCCCCUGCGCCUGGCCGGCCUCAGCUACCGGGCCAGUGGCGAGGUGUUUGACAGCCUGCGCAGCCACUGGCACUACAGCCGUCGGCACAGCGGCAGCGGCAGCGGCAGCAGCAGCAGCAGCAGCAGCACCGUCGGAGCCAGCGGCCACAGCGGCAAGCCCGAUGGGCUGCCCCUACCCAGGGCAGCAGCAGGGCGGCAGCAGCUGCAGCUGCUGCGUGGCAGCCUGCACCGCCAGCAGCAGCAGCAGCCGUUGCGCCCGAUGGGAGAUGAUAAUGAGGCGCUUGACGAGGCGGAGCUGCACGGCCCCGCACACGGCGGCCCCUCUUCCCCCUACUUCUCCUCCCCCUCCCUCUCACUACUACCGCACCAGCAGGCUGGUGAUGCGCGCCUGGACCUGGCCCGCCUCAACGUCACGCACCUGGCCGCCUGCUGCGCCGCCCCCGCCGCCCCCUACUGGCAGGGGCUGGCCGCGCUGCUGCUGCGCACUCAGGCCGGGCCCACAGUGCGACUGGGGGCCGCCGGCGCGUGCGCGGACACAGCCCCCGGCGGGGGCAGCAGCAGUGGCAGUAGCAGUGGCAGUGGCAGCGGCAGCGGCAGCGGCAGCGGCAGCAGCAGCGGCAGCAGCAGCGGCAGUGGCAGUAGUGGCGCAGUUUGGGUCGAGGUGCCGGCUGGGUACGUGCUGGGCGGCUUCCGGAGCUGGGCCUACCAGUUCGCGGAGUCACUGGAGUUCUGGUACGGCGACUACGAUGAGGGGAAUGGGGGCGAAACCGAAGAGGAGGGCUGGGGAAAGGGCCAGCAGCUGGGGGGUGGAGGGGAUGGGGGUGCGGGUGGCCGGGAGGCAGGCGAGGCGCCGGCAGCCGCCACAGGCGCCGGCGGCGAAGGCGACCACGAGAGUCCCCAGCAGCCGGAGCAGGCGGUUACUGCGCUGGGAGACUGGAUCCAACGAAUCCAAUUCCUGUUUGUGGAGCAGCCAGAAUGAAGCGCUCCGCGGAUGAUGCAGGACUGUUGACAUUCGGCCACACAAACGGGCAUCCACAGUGCUAAGGAUGCGAUGCCCGUAUGGCUGAAUGCCAAUAUGGACAACUCAUGUUUUAGGUUGAUUAUGGCGGGCGGGCUCCACUCACCUUGGGGCAUGUGGGAUGCCGUCCUAUCGCGGGAGCCGGGUGGGGUUGGGGACAUGUCCGGCCAGCUAGCGAUUGCUUGGCGAGUAAGACCGUGUGCGCCCAUCAGCGUCGGUCGCCGUCAUGCGUGCAUGUGAUGCGCGGAUUGAGUGAUGCCUAAGAUGACAUUUAGUGUGAGCGCAGGAUGGAGUGCAGCCGCGCGGGCGUGUGGCCACUGCAUGCACGUGGCGAUGUGGACUACCGCACAUCACGCCAUGUCCUCAAUUUUGUUUGCGGGAUGUGCAAUUGGAUGCGUGCAUUGGGAGCUUCGCGGCGUUUCGGCUUCCCAUUCCU